GAGUAACCUCUGCUAUCUGCUCUCAAUCUCGAUAUCACAGCAAACCCUAUCUCGCAAUCCCUCGUCGUCUACGCGAUGCUCAAGUUUUCGCAGACCACUGCGGACCAGAUUCGCUUCCUCCUCCACAGCCUCAACGACUCCAACUCCGACUCCGUUCACCGUGAGCUCACUCAGUUUGUUGAAUAUGGAAUUGAGGGAAGCAUUUUGCUGCUCCAAACCUGCCUGGAUCAUCUCAAUCAUUACAGAUCAGACAGUAAGAAUGUGGCACUGGAACGGGUUCUUGCCUCAAUUUUUAAAUAUCUCAUUGACCAACCAAAUUUCAGCACUAUGUUCUGUGAAUCACUAAGAAAUACAGCGGUCAAUGAGGGAAUUGUUCAGAAUUUCUCGAGUGCAUUGCAACUGUCUGUACCUGAGAAAAUUGGUGUUGGUCUUGCUUUGUCAGAUUCAGAAAACCUAGACACCAGAAUAUGCGGCAAAAACUUUUGCAUGGCUCAGAUUGAGCAAUUGUGUCAAACUCCUGCGGACAGGAUCUCUUCUGAGAAAAUUCAGAGCAUUGUUAUGUUCCUCCAGCGGUCUGAGGGUCUUUCCAAGCAUGUAGAUUCCUUUAUGCAGAUGGUAUCUUUACUGCAGCUGAAAGAUGAUGAAAGCUCUUUCGUUUUAAGUCCAUUGCUUUCGGAUGAGCUUCGUGAUGCUGAUUUUUUGAGGAACGUGGAUCUGUUCCAUGAAAGUGGAGAAAAUGACUUCGAUGCAAUUUUAGCAGAAAUGGAGAAGGAGAUGAGUAUGGGAGAUAUUAUGAAGGAAUUAGGUUAUGGAUGCACAGUUGACACAUCUCAGUGCAAAGAGAUUUUAUCCCUUUUCUUACCUCUCAAUGAGAUUACUAUCUCUAAAAUACUUGGCACGAUUUCCUGCACCCAUGCUGGUCUCGAGGAUAAUCAGAAUACAUUUUCAACCUUUAGGUUGGCACUUGGUUACAUCAGUUCAUCUGAUUUACCUAUGCUGAAUACGUGGAACAUUGAUGUCCUUGUGGAUACAAUCAAUCAACUUGCUCCGAACACCAACUGGAUAAGUGUUAUUGAAAAUUUGGAUCAUGAGGGAUUCUAUAUUCCUAAUCAGGAGGCAUUCUCUUUUUUCAUGUCUCUAUAUCAGCAUGUCUGUCAGGAGCCAUUCCCCCUACAUGCUAUUUGUGGGUCUGUUUGGAAGAAUACUGAGGGUCAGCUAUCAUUUCUCAAACAUGCUGUUUCAUCACCACCUGAAGUAUUUACCUUUGCUCACUCUGUUAGGCAGCUGCCAUAUGCGGAUGCAGUAAAUGGCCACAAGCUACAACAUGGGCAUGCAAAUCAUGCAUGGUUGUGUCUAGACCUUUUGGAUGUACUUUGUCACCUAUCAGAGAGGGGUCAUGCUCUUUCUGUUCGCUCGAUACUCGAGUAUCCUCUUCAACACUGUUCUGAAGUCCUGCUUCUUGGGAUGGCUCACAUUAAUACUCCAUACAACCUGCUGCAGUAUGAAGUGUCUUUUAUUGUUUUCCCCAUGGUAGUAAAAAAUGUCAUGGCUAAUGGCAUGAUUGUUCACCUCUGGCAUACUAACCCCUCUUUGGUGCUCCGGGGAUUUGUGGAUACCUACAAUAGUGAUCCAGACAGCAUGAAUAGGAUAGUGGAUAUCUGUCAAGAGCUCAAGAUUUUGCCGUCCGUCAUGGAAAUGAUCCCUUCUCCGUUUAGUAUCAGACUGGCGGCCCUUGCUUUUAGAAAAGAGCUUGUAGAACUUGAAAAGUGGUUGAGUAGUAAUUUGGUUACAUAUAAAGACACCUUUUUUGAGGAGUGCCUCAGGUUCCUUAAGGAGAUUCAGUCUGGUGGGACCCAAGAUUUCUCCACCAGACCAUUCCAGCAUUCCAGUGCUGUCUCAACUCUUUAUGGGGACACUACUGCUACCUUCUCAAAGGUUCUUAAAGCUCAUGUUGGGCAGAUUACUUCUAGCCACCUUACUGAGGAAAUGGAAAGACUCACUGUAUCAAUUAUGAAUUCUAAUCCAAGGCUACAGAAUGGUGGGAAUACAGAGUCAUCAACAGAUGGUGGAUAUACAGAUGAUAUUGAAACUGAAGCCAACUCUUACUUCCAUCAAAUGUUUUCUGGUCAAUUGACUAUUGAAUCAAUGGUCCAAAUGCUCGCUGGAUUCAAAGAAUCUUCUGUAAAAAGGGAACAAUCCAUUUUUGAGUGCAUGAUUGCUAAUCUGUUCGAAGAGUACAGAUUCUUUCCAAAGUAUCCUGAAAGACAGCUCAAAAUUGCUGCAAUUUUAUUUGGGUCUGUCAUCAAGCAGCAGCUUGUAACUCAUUUGACCCUGGGGAUUGCUCUGCGCGGUGUUUUAGAUGCAUUGCGCAAACCUGCAGAUUCAAAAAUGUUUGUGUUCGGAACCAAGGCUUUGGAGCAGUUUGUGGACCGUCUGAUUGAGUGGCCACAGUACUGCAAUCACAUUCUUCAGAUAUCCCAUUUGCGCAAUACCCAUUCAGAGCUGGUGGCAUUCAUUGAGCAGGCUCUUGCCAGGAUUUCAUCCGGUCAUUCAGAUUCAGAUGGAAGUUACCAUGCUUCUGCAGUUCAUCAUCAUGGCCCCAGUCAAGUUACCUCAGGAAAUGUUGCUUCUGCAGUUCAUCAUCUUGGCCCCAGUCAAGUUACCUCAGGAAAUGUGGAGGUAAAUGGAUCUAGCAUUGUACAAAGUGGACAGCCAAUAUCUACUCAACUCCAGCUCCAACAGAGACAUGAAAGCUCUUUUGAUGAUCGUGUCAAGUCCUCAACUUCAUCUAAUGAGGUGAAACCAUUUAUAUCAUCUGCGAUGCCACCCACAGUUCCUGUUGGUGAUGCUUCAAGUAUUCAGAAGGUACAAAAUGCAGUUAGUGUUCAAUCAGUUUCGUCUUCUGCUUCCCCUGGAUUUGUUCGUCCGACACGAGCAUCUGCCUCUACCAGGUUUGGCUCUGCUUUGAACAUUGAAACAUUGGUUGCAGCAGCUGAGAAAAGAGACGCUCCUGUUGAGGCUCCAGCAGAGAUUCAGGACAAAGUAUUAUUUAUCGUUAAUAAUAUAUCACUUACUAAUAUUGAGGCCAAGUCAAAGGAGUUCUCCGAGAUACUGAAAGAGCAAUACUAUCCUUGGUUUGCGCAGUAUAUGGUUAUGAAAAGGGCAAGUAUUGAGCCGAAUUUUCAUGACUUGUACCUGAAAUUUCUGGACAAACUUAAUUCAAAGACUUUGAAUAAAGAGAUUGUUCAAGCCACGUAUGAGAACUGCAAGGUUCUUCUAGGGUCUGAGCUUAUAAAAUCAAGCUCAGAGGAGCGUUCUUUAUUGAAAAAUUUAGGUAGCUGGCUUGGGAAGCUUACGAUCGGAAGAAAUCAAGUUUUAAGGGCUCGUGAAAUUGAUCCCAAAUCCUUGAUCAUAGAGGCAUAUGAGAAAGGUUUGAUGAUUGCUGUCAUACCUUUUACUUCAAAGAUUUUGGAACCAUGUCAAAGUAGCCUGGCUUAUCAACCACCAAAUCCCUGGACAAUGGGUAUUCUUGGAUUACUUGCUGAGAUCUAUUCCAUGCCAAAUUUGAAGAUGAAUCUCAAGUUUGAUAUAGAGGUUCUAUUCAAGACUUUAGGAGUGGAUUUGAAGGAGAUUACACCAACUUCUCUUCUCAAGGAUCGCAAUAGAGAACUUGAAGGGAAUCCUGAUUUCUCCAACAAAGACUUUGGGGCAUCCCAACCACAGAUUGCUGAAGUAAAAUCUGGAAUUAUCCCUCCACUAAACCAAGUUGAGCUACCAAUUGAUGUUGCUCCAUCUAACUCUGGCAGCCAUACACAUUUGUUAUCUCAGUAUCCUACCUUGAUGGAGGAUGACAAGCUUGCUAUGGGGUUAUCUGAUCAGAUCACUUCUGCUCAAGUACUGUUACAAGCUACUCCAUCACAGUCCCCAUUUUCUGUCAGUCAGCAUCCCACAGCAAUACCGAACAUUGGAACCCACGUAAUUAUCAACCAGAAACUCAGUGCCUUGGGGUUGCAUGUGCACUUCCAAAGAGUGGUUCCAAUUGCUAUGGAUAGAGCUAUCAAAGAAAUUGUAUCUGGUAUAGUUCAGCGCAGUGUUUCUAUAGCUACCCAGACAACUAAGGAGCUUGUGUUAAAGGACUAUGCCAUGGAAUCAGAUGACACACGAAUAUUUAAUGCAGCUCACUUGAUGGUCGCCAGUUUGGCAGGGAGUCUAGCACAUGUGACAUGCAAGGAACCGUUGCGGAGUUCAAUAUUGAGUCAGCUAAGAAAUUCUCUUCAGGGAUUAAAUAUAGCAAAUGAACUUCUAGAACAAGCUGUUCAACUUGUAACCAAUGAUAAUCUGGAUCUUGGAUGUGCAGUCAUUGAGCAGGCUGCUACAGAUAAGGCAGUAGCAACAAUUGAUGGGGAAAUAGGUCCACAGCUUUCAGUAAGAAGGAAGAGAGAAGGUGUUGGUGCAACCUAUUUCGAUGCUAACAUGUAUCCACAAGGUUCUAUGGGUGUUGUGCCAGAAGCUCUCCGCCCUAAACCUGGUCAUUUGUCCCUCUCUCAACAACGAGUUUAUGAAGAUUUUGUUCGGCUUCCCUGGCAAAACCAAUCUAUCCAAAGUUCGCACGUUCUGCCAGUUGCUACCACAGCUUCAUCUGGUAGUGUUGGUCUCACUAGCACAUACAGUUCAGCAUCUGGGCAACUUAACACUGGAUACUCAGCAGGACCUGGGAGCAAAUUCGAAGCUGUUUCUCGUCCAUUGGAGGAAGUGAUGGAAUCCAAUUCUGCCCUUCAUCUUAGUGCUUCAUCUAAUCAUGUUGGGGCGACCGAUGGUGUUUCCCAUCAUAGUUCUGAAAAUGAUUCUAUUGUUGGCUCAUUUCCUUCUGCUGCUUCUGCCCCGGAGCUGCACUCUGUAGAGUCACCUGAUGUUGUAAAGGAAUCUGGAGUUUCGUCACAGUCGCCACCUUCACUUGCUGUAACUGAGCGUCUUGGAAAUCACUCAGAACCUUCCCUCCCAACAGGGGCUGCAAUGGAAAAAUACCAGAUUGUUGCGCAGAAGUUGGAAGCGAUGGUAACUAAUGAUGCUAGGGAAUCAGAAAUCCAGGGAGUCAUUGGUGAAGUGCCUGAUAUUAUACUCAGAUGUGUCAGUCGAGAUGAGGCUGCCUUGGCUGUGGCUCAAAAGGUUUUCAAGGGUUUGUAUGAGAAUGCAUCAAACCAGAUUCAUGUACGCACUCAUCUCUCAUUGCUGGCUGCAAUCCGUGAUGUUUGUAAGCUUGUCUCUAAGGAGGUCACUAGUUGGGUGAUGUAUUCUGAUGAGGAGCGGAAGUUUAACAAAGAAAUUACUGUUGGGCUUAUCCUCAGUGAAUUGCUAAACCUUGCCGAGUACAAUGUUCACAUCGCAAAACUUAUUGACAGUGGCAGGAAUAGGCCAGCAACUGAGUUUGCUACUUCCUUAGUCCAAACUUUGGCAAUUGAAGAUUUUAAAGUUAUCUCAGAACUUCAAAAUGUUGUUGAAGCAUUGAAUAAGGCUGCUGCCAAGCCUGGAUCUCCAGAGUCACUGCAGCAGGUUGUAGAAUUUAUCAAGAAUCCUGCUGCUAAUUUGACUGCCGGUGUUAAUGUUGGGAAGGACGACAAGGCCAGACAAUCGAGAGAAAAAAAGGCUCCUGUCCACUCUCCGGGAAGCAGGGAAGAGUUCAGUAUUGUGGAUUCUGCAGAAUCAGACCCUCCUGGUUUCCGCGAUCAGGUGUCCUCGCUGUUUUCUGAGUGGUAUCACUUUUGGGAACUACCUGGUGCAAAUGAAAAUAAUUGUGCCCAUUUAAUCUUAAAUUUGCACUCAAGCGGCAUGCUGAAGGAUGAUCUGAUGGAGCGGUUUUUCCGACUACUCACAGAGCUUACUGUUGCACAUUGUCUAUCUUCUGAGGUGAUGAAUUCUGGCACACUGCAGACUCCUCAACAAGUGCAGAGUCUAUCCUUCCUGGCCAUUGAUGCUUAUGCUAAACUUGUAUUUUCAAUUAUUAAGAUGGAGCAAGGAUCAAAUAAACUCAUUCUCUUGUCCAAGAUUUUGGCAGUCACAGUGAGAGUCAUUCAGAAGGAUGCAGAGGAAAAGAAAUCAUCUUUCAAUGCAAGACCAUAUUUUAGAUUGUUUGUUAACUGGUUGCUAGACCUUGGGUCUUUGGAUCCUAUUAUUGAUGGUGCUAACUUUCAGAUAUUGACAGCCUUCGCAAAUGCAUUUCAUGCGUUGCAACCCCUCAAGGUUCCUACAUUCAGCUUUGCAUGGCUCGAGUUGGUGAGUCACAGAAGUUUCAUGCCUAAAAUGCUAGCUGGAAACGGUCAGAAGGGUUGGCCCUUUAUACAACGUUUGCUGGUUGACUUAUUUCAGUUCAUGGAGCCAUUUUUGAGGAAUGCUGAACUUGGAAUACCGGUUCACUUCCUAUAUAAAGGUACCCUUAGGGUUCUUCUUGUGCUGCUCCAUGAUUUCCCCGAGUUCCUUUGUGAUUAUCACUUCACUUUCUGUGAUGUGAUUCCCCCAAGUUGUAUUCAAAUGCGAAAUAUCAUACUCAGUGCAUUUCCCCGUAAUAUGAGGCUUCCUGAUCCAUCUACUCCAAACUUAAAGAUUGAUUUGCUUGCUGAAAUCACUCAGUCUCCACGUGUUCUUUCCGAGGUUGAUGCAGCUUUGAAAGUAAAGCAGAUGAAAACCGAUGUGGAUGAGUAUCUCAAGACAAGGCAACAAGGUUCUUCAUUUUUGACUGAAUUGAAGCAAAAAUUGCUCCUUCUACCAACCGAAGCUGCCUCAGCUGGUACUCGUUACAAUGUACCCCUCAUCAACUCCCUUGUACUCUAUGUGGGGAUGCAGGCUAUCCAGCAGCUUCAAGCUAGAACACCUCACGCUCAGGCAAAUCAAACUGUUCCAUUUGUUUAUUUGGUGGGUGCUGCUUUGGAUAUCUUUCAGACUCUGAUAGUGGACCUAGAUACUGAAGGACGGUACCUUUUCCUAAAUGCAAUAGCAAACCAACUCCGCUAUCCAAACACCCAUACACAUUACUUCUCCUUCAUUGUUCUUUACUUAUUUGCGGAGUCAAACCAGCAGGAAAUUAUCCAGGAGCAAAUCACAAGGGUUUUGUUGGAACGUCUUAUAGUUAAUCGGCCGCAUCCAUGGGGUCUACUGAUCACCUUCAUUGAGCUAAUCAAGAAUCCGAGGUACAACUUUUGGAACCGGGGUUUCAUAAGGUGUGCACCAGAGAUUGAAAAACUAUUUGAAUCUGUAUCAAGGUCAUGUGGAGCCAAGCCUGUGGACGAGGGUAUGGUUUCUGGUUGGGUACCAGAGACAGCUCACUGAUUCUCCCAGAGUCGUUCGGCAAUAGAUUUAGGACUAGUAAAUGCAACAGCAAUUUAAUUGCAUAUCUGGCAAUUUAAUUGUAUAGUUUGACUUGUAGAUGAAAUCAACUAUAGGUAAAUGUAAUGGAAAUUAUUUCAGUCUUAAUUGUACAUAAGAGACUCCUGGAGCUUUUGGCCGGUUAAAAUUUGAUCCAACAUUCUUUUUUUCGACAAAAUUUGAUCCAA